CUGUGCGUGGCAUGUGCUUCUAACCUGUCAGCACGUGCAAAGCUUACAAAGGGAUAUAUUCCUAUAAUCUUGUAAUGGAAGAACACGAAAGGGCUUAAGAGAAACUUGUUUUAAGUAUAUUACAAGUUAAAGAAAUUUUUCGAUUAUUCCAAAAUGAGUACAAUAUUAGAAAAGAUCGCUUCGAUUGAAGCCGAGAUGGCUCGUACACAAAAAAAUAAAGCCACUUCGGGUCAUUUAGGUUUAUUGAAAGCAAAACUAGCUAAACUAAGGCGAGAGCUUAUAACUCCCAAAGGUGGUGGAGGUGGUGGAGAACAAGGGUUUGAAGUAGCUAAAACGGGUGAUGCUAGAAUAGGUUUCGUUGGUUUUCCUUCUGUGGGUAAAUCUACGCUGCUAAGUACUCUUGCUGGUGUUUAUUCUGAAGUUGCAGCAUAUGAAUUUACAACUCUUACUACUGUUCCUGGUUGUAUAAAAUAUAAGGGUGCAAAAAUACAGUUGCUCGAUCUUCCUGGUAUUAUUGAAGGUGCAAAAGAUGGUAAAGGACGUGGAAGACAAGUUAUUGCAGUUGCAAGGACCUGCAGUCUAAUAUUCAUUGUUCUGGAUGUAUUGAAACCACUUGGACAUAAAAGAUUAAUUGAACAUGAAUUAGAAGGUUUUGGAUUACGUUUAAACAAACAACCACCCAACAUUACUUUUCGCAAAAAGGAUAAAGGUGGAAUUAAUUUUCAAACUACGUGUGCACAGUCAGAACUUGACUUAGAAACAGUGAAAAGUAUACUGUCAGAGUAUAGAAUUCAUAAUGCAGAUAUUACUUUGCGAUACGACGCUACUUCUGACGAUUUGAUCGAUGUUAUCGAGGGAAAUCGUGUUUACAUACCGUGUAUUUAUUUGCUCAACAAAAUAGAUCAGAUUAGUAUUGAGGAAUUAGAUAUUAUUUACAAAAUACCACAUUGUGUACCUAUUUCUGCCCAUCAUAAGUGGAACUUUGAUGAUUUACUUGAAAAAAUGUGGGAAUACUUACAGUUGGUUAGAAUCUACACCAAACCAAAGGGUCAACUGCCAGACUAUAAUUCUCCAGUUGUAUUAAACAGGGAAAAACGAACAGUCGAAGAUUUUUGUAACAAACUACAUCGUUCCAUCGCGAAAGAGUUCAAAUAUGCUCUUGUGUGGGGAUCGUCUGUUAAACAUCAGCCACAAAAAGUCGGGAAAGAUCACAUAUUGUGUGACGAGGAUGUCGUACAGAUUGUAAAAAAAGUAUAAUUUUAUUUAAGAUUUUACAUAUAAUUACUGCUGGAGAAUUAAAUGGAAUGAAUUUU